AUGCACGUACCAAUGCUCCCCAUUACACCCCUCUCCUCUUCACUCCUCUCCUUCCUCCAUACCCUCCCCCUUCCCAUGCCCCUUCCCAUGCCCCUUCCCAUGCCCCUCCCCAUGCCACUUCCCAUGCCCCUUCCCAUGCCCCUUCCCAUGCCCCUUCCCAUGCCCCUUCCCAUGCCCCUCACCAUGCCUCUAAGUACCCCUCCCUACCUACGCCUCUUGGGUCGGCUCAAAAGUCUCCAUCUACCCCUCCCCGCGCCUCGUUCGUUUCCAUAUCCCAGUCACUCACCCCCUCCUCCUCACCCCUCUCCUUCCUCCAUACCCUCCUACGUUCCAUGCCCCUCACUCUCACCAUGUCUCCAUGUACCCCUCCCCACGCCUCGUUCAUUUCCAUAUCCCAGUCAUUCACAGCUUCUUCGUUUCCCCUCCCCCUCCACUUCCCCCUCCCCGUCCCCCUCCCCUGCCAGCCUGUCAGCAAUUGCAGCAACGGAAACCGUGCGAGUGCCUCGUCCAAUCACAACAGGGGACUUUCGAACCCCCUCCUCCUCCUCUUCUCCCCCCUCGUCUGCCACUACUCCCAACAACGAGUCGCAUCGGGGAUCGUUCAUAAUCAUGGAGCAUUUACAGCUGCGCCCAUUCGCCAUGAUGGAUCCAGCCAAUCAGGAGCAGCUGGGCCGGUCGUUGGCACAGCUGCACCUCGUGUCAUCUUCCAUGCCUGGGGUCCAGUUCGGUUUCAACUCGCCCACACGCCUCGGCGUAAUGCCUCUAGUCAACGUCCCCCUCUCUUCCUCCUGGCCUGACUUCUUCCUCACCCACCGGUUACAAGACCGCCUCGACCGAGUUCUGGAUAGGUUUGGUGACGAGGCUUGGGAGCUUCGGGACAUUGUGCCAAGCCUGAUUGAGGCGGCCAAGCGGAUUCUGACAACCAAAGCUAUGGCGGAGGUUCGGCCGAGCCUGCUUCAUGGAGACCUCUGGGUGGGCAACGCGGGUGUGCUUCGGCCGGGCGAGGCGGUGACGUUUGACCCGGCAGGAUACUAUGGGCAUUCUGAGUUCGACCUGGCGUUCAGAGGCUGGAAGCCGGCUCCUGGCUUCCCUGGCUUCACUGAUGCUUUCUACAGCGCGUAUCACGAAGUGAUCCCCAAGGCGGCAGGCUUCGAGGAGCGGCAAUGCGUGUACCAGCUGUUUCAUCUUCUAAACCACGUGCUCAUAUAUGGUCGAGAGUACUUCCCUCAUGCCAUGCAGAUGGCAACUCGCGUUGUUCAAGGAGGGGCAAUGCUUGUUUCUCAAACAUCUUCUGUUCCUUCCUCCAUCUAUUCUUCCCCUCCUCCCUCAUUGCCCUGGGCAGAUGGUAGAGAGUACUUCCCUCAUGCCAUGCAGAUGGCAACUUGCGUUGUUCAAGGAGGGGCAAUGCUUGUUUCUCAAACAUCUUCUGUUCCUUCCUCCAUCUAUUCUUCCCCUCCUCCCUCAUUGCCCUGGGCAGAUGGUCGAGAGUACUUCCCUCAUGCCAUGCAGAUGGCAACUCGCAUUGUUCACCUAUCAAAACAGCUCUCUGUGUAA